UAUAGCAUCCAAAACUUCAUACAAGAAAGAUCCUAACACAUGGAACUAGGGUUUCUCAAAACCUAAGUGAAGGGAAGUUACUCCAUAGAGAAGAGAGAGACUGCAGAAUCUCAUCUUGAUCUUCAAUCUCCAUCUCCAAGCUUGAUUCUCGAGCUCCAAUGGCGAAGAAAUCCUCCAAAAUAGCUCUAAGAAUGUUCCCAAGUCGCUCUCUCUCUAGAGCUCGUCCCUUGGGUGUUUGGGAUCCAAAAACCCAGCUCUCCCUCUCAUUUGGCUCGAAAUUGGCUUAAAACCAGAAAUUCCGGACUCACACGGCCUGGCCACGCGGCCGUGUGGCUUUCCCAGGUUGCCCGUGUGAGUGUGCAAAACGCAGAGUUUCGAUUAAGUGACUUCAGCCAUCCCACACGGCCACGACCCACACGGCCGUGUGUAGGGAUGGCAAUGGGUCGGGUCGGGGACGGAUAGUGCAUAUCCAUUAUCCUACCCAAAGUAGUUCGGGUUUUACCCAUACCCAUACCCACAUGUGAAACGGGUAGAAAAUUAAAACCAUGCCCAUACCAGUUCGGGUUUCGGGUGUCCGCGGUUAUCCAUGGGUAAUGAUUUUUCUUCAUAACUAUAACCAACAUGUUAACAUUCACACGUAUUCUCACAUUACGUAAGAAGAAAAGUACGAAAAUAAUUCACUAGAAUGAAGAAAAUUAAUUAAAACAACACAAUUUCAUGAAAAUUUUAUAUUUAUAUGCUAAAUAUAAAAUAUGUUAGAGAAAAAAUUAUUAUUUCUAGACAGAAUACAUAUGCAUGUGUAUAAUUGGGCGGAAUCGGGUUGGAUAGUGAGAAACCCAAGCCCACCCAUUGCCCGCAAUAUUCGGGUUCGGAUUUUACCCAUACCUAGGGCUGAUAAUCGGUUGGCGGUUAAUCGGUUAAACCGAAAACCGAACCGAAAAUCACGGUUACCAACCUAACCGAAAACCGAUAACUUUGCGUCGGUGUCGGCGUCGGUGGGCUGAUUCGGGGCUUUAUGCUAACCGGCGGUUUCCGGUUUCUAACCGAGAUCAAACUCGGUGCACUGCUGCAACCGAAAAACCUCCCAUCUCCUUCUCCUCACCCCGCAUCGGCACUCUCUCCCUUUCCAUCUCCAGCCUCCAGCAGACCUCAUCUCCCACCAGGCCACCACCACCGCCCUCCGCAUCCCCAAUUUCCCCCGUCCGACUUCACCGCCCCUUCUCUCCGAACACUCCCUCCUUCUCUGUUGUCGAUUUGCACUCCUCCUCCCAUUUUGAGUUUUGAAUCUUUGCCGAGCAAAUUCCAAUUGAAAGAGCGGAGUUGGGGGGUUUGAGUUGGGGUGAUGAGUGGACGACGGACAGAGGGAGUAGAGACGAGGAAGGAUUUGGCCUGCAAACCUCUCUCUCCGAACUUGCCGCUCGCUGUCAUCUACCGCUCUGCCUCAAUCGCCACCCCCAUCCAUCCAGAUUCAGCAAUUGAAGGUCAAGAAGGAGAAGAAGGUCGUUGCUGCGGUGAAGAUCGAGCCUCGGUCGUUGUCGAUGUCCCCUUUUGCGCCUUGCAAGUUCUCUCCGGUCCCCGCCAUGCCUUCUUCCUCGGUUGCCGUCGUCGUCCCCUGCUUUGCUUGAAUCCCAGAAGACCCUCGUCGCGGCGGAUUCGGCAGCGGAAGAAGGGUUUGGCAGCGGAAUGAUUUCAAAGGUUGAAAUCCCUGAAGCUGAAUUGGCCGCCGUCCCUUCAAAUCCCCCCUGCGUCGGUCUUCAGCUAACCGCGACACCGACCCGAAACCGUCGACGGCGGUUUUCGGCUAAUCGACAAGUCAAUCGGUGUCUGUGGUGGUUGAGGUUUUUGGAUGAUUAUCGGCUGCGGUUAACCGCAGUUGCGGUUCGGUUAAAACCGAAACCGCACCGUUAACAGCCCUACCCAUACCCACUAAAUGUCCUUCGGGUUCGGGUUCUACCCUACCCGAUUAGGCCGGAUUCGGGCAGAUAUCCACGGUUACGGAUAUUUUUGCCAUCCCUAGCUGUGUGGCUUUCCAGGGUGCCCGUGUGAGUUCCCUGGAAUUUCCACACGGCCACAAGGGGUCCCCUACACGGCCGUGUGGCUUUUAGGCAUGCCCGUGUGGCUUCUCAGCUUCUCGCCAAACGCUCAAACUUCGUCCAAUCGACCCCGAACUCGUUCCCAAACCUUCAUUCACGUACUAGGACCAGAAAUUUCACAAACAAGCACAACCUAGCGUGAAAUCGGCCUAAACACGAGAAUCAACAUCUCAAACGGCUCAAGAAUAGGGGGUAAAAACAUGUGCAAUUAACGGUCUAUCAAUCUCCCCCACACUUAACCGUUUGCUUGUCCCCAAGCAAACCUGACUCAAACCAAUGCAACUCUCCAGACCUCUAUAGCAACAUGCAACCCCGAUCGUCGGCAGAGGAUUUUGUAGAUCAUUUAGAAACUUUCGAGGUCAACUGGUCUUCUAAGACGCCUCCUAUCUCUCUCAAUGCGAGUACUAGACUCAAGCCAGGAUCAUGAGAAGCAGUGGAACUAAGACAGUCAAUUCAUGGAUAAGGAGACUCUCACCAUUCACAACCAAGGACUCGUUGUACCGGGGUGCUCUUUCACUUCACUUCACCGUUGGAACCCCUUUUUCACUUUCAUUUUACUCUUUUUUUUUUCUUUUAUUCCUACACGGUCGUGAUGCUUUUAGGCAUGCCCGUGUGGCUUCUCAGCUUCUCGCCAAACACCCAAACUUCGUCCAAUCGACCCCGAACUCGUUCCCAAACCUUCAUUCACGUACUAGGACCUGAAAUUUCACAAACAAGCACAACCUAGCGUGAAAUCGGCCUAAAACACGAGAAUCAACAUCUCAAACGGCUCAAGAAUAGGGCUAAAAACAUGUGCAAUUAACGGUCUAUCAAACCCCACCACACUUAACCGUUUACUUGUCCCCAAGCAAACCUGACUCAAACCAAUGUAACUCUCCAGACCUCUAUAGCAACAUGCAACCCCGAUCGUCGGCAAAGGAUUUUCUAGAUCAUCUAGCAACUUACGAGGUCAACUGGUCUUCUAAGACGCCUCCUAUCUCUCUCAAUGCGAGUACUAGACUCAAGCCAAGAUCAUGAGAAGCAGUGGAACUAAGACAGUCAAUUCAUGGAUAAGGAGACUCUCACCAUUCACAACCAAGGACUCGUUGUACCGGGGUGCUCUUUCACUUCAUUUCACUGUUGGAACCCCUUUUUCACUUUCAUUUUAAUCUUUUUUUUUCUUUUUAUUCACUUGGUCGGGGUUCCAACUGCAGUCUUUUGCACGGUCGACCCUUAUUAGUCAAGCAAGAGCAAUUUCUGUACAUCUGGCGCUCGCCAGAGUACUUCUUUUAACUCCUUUUCCUCAACUCGUGUGGAGGGUCAAUGAAAUUAAGGGGGGUCGGAAGCUUUAUCCGUGCCCUUAAAAACACAUCCUCAAGUAGGCAAACCGUUCAACGGGUGGAAAUUUUACUUGUACUAGAGACAACUUAGCUUCACCUUGUAGGCCUACCCCACCAAGGAUCACUAAAAUCUCUUCCAAAACCCGAUUUUGUGCAAUGAACGGUGCCACACACG